AUGAGCAACGAAACAUCAUCUCAGCCUGACUUUCUCCGACCAGUUGAACAUGAGAACAAUCCUGGCCUCACAGAGGAUACCUUCACGGACCUUCCAACCUACGAUUUCCUUUUAACAGGAAUUACCAGAGAAGGCCAUCAAAAGAACAACUCUGUUACUUUUGAUCCUGUUGGGUUACAACUGCCAUGGCCAAGUUCCUUCCCUGCCGCUCGUCAGUGCAAAUACUGGCUAGAGGCAGAAACCGAGUAUGUUGUCGAAACUCAGCGUUCUGGCAGUUGCGAAUCUACGAUCACAGAGGUCAUUGUACGAUGCUGGCCAGAAAUUCUGGCUAACCCUCAAGCCUUCUACGCACAUUCUGGAGACUGGUGCGUGAAGCUAGCGCUAGAAAUUCUGGCUGCAAAUGCUCAGGGGCCAGAUCUGAUACGAGCAUUCCUUUCUUGGAUGAACUUUACGAAAUUACAAGCCAGAGAAGGCUUCAUCUCUCUGAGGGAAUACCUUGACUAUCGUGCUGGGAAUAUUGGGCAAGAUUAUAUCUUUUCCUGCACACGAUUCAGUGAGAACAUUCAGCUUUCGAACAUCGAGCAAAAUGCCCUAGAGGACCUCAUAAAGCUUUCAACUGAUCAUAUCAUUUUUGUAAACGACUACUUCUCUUACGAAAGGGAGAUACAAGAGUCGAGACGUCACUGCUCUCCAUGCCUUAAUGCGAUCAAAUACAUUGAGGACACUUUAUCGAUCGAGACGAGCUUGGCAAAGAAUGUUGCUUUGCAUCUCCUUCAAGCCUUGGAAAGUCAAAUAUGUGAAGAGUUCGAAAAAUUGCAGGACUCGGGUGCACUGAACUUGUCGCAGGUUAGCCUCGCGUAG